AACAUCAAACAUGGUCAAAGUAAAAGAUGAAAUGGGCCAUGACUGUGGUGGUGGUAGUUGUGGCCAUCAUAUCAGAUCCUCCCUCCGGUCCUGUUUAAUCCCACAUCGGCUCUGAGAGCCAGACAGACUGUCAUAACUCUGUUUUCCUAAAGAAACAACCCAAUAAAUUGCUUAAUUUUACAUAUCUCCCAAGGAUAUGCUCACUCUGUGACCAAUUAGUAGGGAAAACGCUUGUCUUGUACUGCUCUCUAGAGGCCGUGUUCGGCAUCGCCCCCAUCUCCGGUACCAGAGGUUAAUGAGAGCUUCGUGACACUGACCAUCCCUCCACAGUCCUGCUUCUUCUCAAGCUACACCCCAGCUCUGUUUCCUCUCCUUUUAAUGAAUUAACUACAUGCAUCUGCAGCAGAUACCUGCAGAAAAGCUCUUUUCUUCCUGUCUUCUGUUUUUGUUGGCCAGAUUCAUCUUUCCUCCUCAGCAGGAAAUCUGGAUCCGGAAAGCAUUUAGGAGGUGUGAGUCACGCAGCAGUCAGUCUGAAGUGAUGAAUUACCGUGCUGCCUGUGGAGCUGGACCCGGGCCCUAUAACCUGAGAAAGCAGUGAGAGAGCAGGGAGACAAGAGAAAAGAAAGUUGCCGACAGACACCUGAGAGGUGAGAAACCAGACCGGGCCGGUGGAGCUGGGGCUCAUUAAAUGACUCGGCUGGGGGUUCAGAGGGUCGUUCCUGGCGUUGCUCUGUGUCUUCCGGACUCCUCUCUCCCGAUCGCUUUAUUUCAGCUUGCAGAUGCCGACAGAUGUGCCCGAAGACAGGCUCAGCAUCGAGGAGAAUGCCGCCAAGUGUGACAGCAUGACUCUUCCCAGCACCCCCACGGUCCGCAGAGGAAGCACCCCUCUGCCGAUAAAGCACCAGCUCAGACGAGAAGAAGCUGUCCACGAUGACGUGGACUGGGCCUCGGGAGCGGCCGGGCCUUCCCCCUCGCCGCUCGGCUUCAGCCCGGGCCUGGACGACACUCCCAUCGUCUCCGUGGAGGGCAGGCGCGACGGGCCGCUGCGGAUCGCCCUGCUGGGUCAGAACGGAGUCGGGAAGUCCUCCCUGGCUCUCGCCUUUGCCAGCGACAUCGACCGGGCUGCGUCGGUGGAUUCUGAUGGGGAGGGUUACGUGCGCACAGUCAGUGUGGAUGACGAGGAGAGCACCAUCGUUAUCUAUGACAACUGGAGACAGGACCUGUCGGCUCUCCAGUGUGAAGUGUGUGUCCUGGUGUUCUCCGUGACCGACAGGCGCAGUUUCCAUCGCACGGCCCAGCUCCGUCUCCUCCUGAGAGAGACGCAGCCUCAGACUCCCAUAAUCCUCGUCGGUAACAAGAGCGACCUGGUUCGCUCGCGCGAGGUCACGGCUCAAGAGGCCAUGUCCAGCGCUGCCCUCUACAACUGCUUGUAUCUGGAGAUCUCCGCCUCCCUGGACCACCGCACGCCAGAGCUCCUGGAGUCCGCCGUGCGGCUAGCCAGAGGUCAGCCGCCGUGGCCCCCGGGAUCCAGCGCGGAGGACAUGUGCGGAGGAGGUCAGCGAGAGAGCAUCACCUCGCGUGCCAAACGCUUCCUCACCAGCCUGAUGCCGCGGUACCCGCGCGAGAGGGAAGUGGGCAAGUUCCUGAGACAGAAGUCCCGCUCGUGCCACGACUUGGGGGCGCUGUGACCGCACGCGGCGAGGAGUUUUAAUAGCUUAGCAGAAACAACUCGAAGUGAUGUAGUAAAGCAGCAGAACGGAGGAGGGAGGGAGUGACACGGCACUUAGUGGACAAAGAUGUAGGAUGUGAUUGACAGAUGGAGGUGGGAUGGAGGGCGUGUGCAAAUUUACCGGAGAAACGACAGGAAGGUAUCGCGGUAUGGUGUGAAGGAUCAUCUGGCGCACAGGAGAAGACGGGAAGAAAAGCUAGCUAUCAUGUCAAAUGACGAAUUUUUGUACACAAGUUUAAAGAAAAACAAGGAAAAAAAAAUGCUGGUGUAAAUAAGCUGUAGAUGUGAUACCCAACUGCCACAGCUUUAAAAGCUAAAUAAAUUGCUUUUCUUGAAUCUGCAGACGGCUGUUUCCCGUUGGCCUCGAGUUUUUAUUUAUUUAUUUAUUUGUUAUCACCUUGAGCGGAUGGGAAGUAAUCAAAGUAGAGGAAAGAAACACACAACAUAAAGGUAUCUCUGCAGAUAUGCAUAACCUUUUACCGGGUACGACCUCAUGCUGCGCUCAUUUCUUUUAAGCUGUAAUUGCAUCCGUGA